UCCCCAUUUUGCUGGGUCCUUGCUAUCCAGUGUGUGGGGUGGGGCACCAAACUACUCCUGCCCCUCCAGGAGGACGUUUACGUGGACACUGGCCUCACCCCCCGGGAGAGCUUCACCGACCCCCACAAGCUCACGGCUAGCCCCCGUUUUGUUGGACCUGAAACGUGGGACCCCUCUUUUUGCACCUGGUUCUGUGGUGCUUUGCUCCUAGGCAUCCUUGCGUGAACGAGGCAGAAGAUCCUUAGCGAAAGUGGGGCUAAAACAUCCCACCUUUUCUUGAACAAAUGCAACCAUGUCCCUGAACCACUCCUCUAGAUCUCACCAUUCUGACCUGGACACCCCCCCGGCCCACCCCUCCAGGCCAUGCUGUGUCUCCUCUGAGGAAACGGAACUCAGAAAGGGGUGCAGAGACAGCAGGGACCUGAGAAAGCAGCAGGGAGAAGGGGCUUCUGGGAAUCUACCGGCAAGGUGGAUACCCUUUCUGUCAGCCGGAGAGGAGCAACAGCAUCACCUCCCUUAAGAACCUUUACAUGUUGCCAGACGCCAGGCCAAAGAAGCUGUUCUAGCUCCUGUCAGAGGCAGGACAGGGAUUACCCUGUGGGCCACAGUCUCCUUUUAAAAUAUGUUAUCCCAUUGUCCCCAGAGCCUAAACAUGCCAGGAUGUGUGUUCCACAUGGUAUGAAAGAUUCAUGCCCAGUUUUUCCCUAAAGUAGCCGCAUUAUGUAGCCUUGACAGCUCUCCCUCUGCUCACAAAGAAACACCCAGAUCUGGAGACAGCAGUGCUGAUACCCAGACACCCCUACACAUAACACACAUGUGUGCACACUGCUAUACACUCAGAAACAGGAGUGUAUCACACCCAGGCUGAUACACACAGAGUCCACACCACAGGCAUCCCCCUCAGACAGGACAGACCAACCCAGAAGCCUGCUAACUACCCCAUCCUCCAAACAGGGCUGUGGAAUGGCCUUGGCUUUCCCCAGGCGGGUGGGAGAGCAGUGAGAGCUGUCAGCCACCCUUUCCCUCCAGCCUCCCCGUGCCAUUCUUAUCUCUGCCUCACAAGUCACCCCUGGCCCCUCUUCCUUCCUUGUGCUCCAAGAACCCCUACUUGCUGGAAAGUCCCCUGGCUUCUCAGCGUCCCUGCCCACCUUCGGGAAAACGUUCACCUUCUGGUCCCCACCUUUUUCCUUUCCAGAGAGAGGUCUGACCCCGCAGGUCCAACCGCAAAACAGGAAGCCCCCGGGGCCACUGCCCCCGUGAGCCUGAGGCUUAGGCAGGCAGUGGGCGUGGGAUAAAGGCUUCCUGAAUGCCUCCCGCCACAGUGGCCCUCCCAGACCUGAGGGCCCUCAUUAGUCCUUGGCACUUAUCUUGGAACCACAGCCCCUGACAGAGCCGUGCCAGCCCUUCUCUCUGCCUGCCCUGAGCCCACGGUGCCAUGGGGAACUGUCUGCACCCGGUGGAGCCCUCCCUCUCAGUUGACCCAAAUUCGAACCAGUGGGACCUUGGAAACUUCCAAUGGAAUUAUUCCUACGAUGAGAAUGAGUCCUACAAAUCCUUUGACUACAACUCGGACCUGGAGGCAGCUGCCCCCUGCCACUCCUGUAACCUGCUCGACGACUCCUCCCUGCCCUUCUUCAUCCUCGCCAGCGUCCUGGGCAUCCUGGCGAGUGGAGCUGUCCUCUUCGCGCUUCUCCGACCUCUCUUCCACUGGCAGCUCUGCCCUGGCAGGCCUAUCCUGGCACAGCUGGCUGUGGGCAGUGCCCUCUUCAGCAUCGUGGUGCCCAUCCUGGCACCAGGGCUAAGCAGUGCCCACAGCAUCAUCCUGUGUGGCUUGGGCUACUGGGUCUGGUAUGGCUCAGCCUUUGCCCAGGCUCUGCUGAUUGGGUGCCGUGCCUGUCUGGGCCCCAAACUUGGAGCAGGCCAGUCUCCUGGCCUCACCCUGGGACUCGCUGUGGGCAUCUGGGUGGCAGCCUCCCUGUUGGGGUUGCCAAUCACCCUGGCCAGUGAUACUUCCCGUGGCAUCUGCACCCUGGCAUCCAGCAGGGGCCUGGGAGCCUUGCAGUCCACACAUGCUGUGGCCUGCUUUGUUGUCUUUAUCUUGUGGCCAUUGGGCUUGAUGGGAGCCAAGGGCCUGAGGAAAGCCCUGGGUUGGGGGCCAGGCCCCUGGGUUGACAUUCUGUGGGUCUGGUUCAUUUUCUGGUGGCCUCAUGGGAUAUUCCUAGGAUUGGACACCCUAGUGAGGUUCAGGAUCAUCUUGUUGCCCACAUGCAUGGUCCAGAAGGUUUUGGACCUGCUGCUGCACCUUGCAGAAGCCCUGGCAAUACUGCACUGUGUGGCUACUCCCCUGCUCUUGGCCUGGUUCUGCCACCAGGCCACCCGCUCUUCCCUGCCCUCCCUGCCCCUUGCGGAGAGACAGUCUUCUCAUCUGGACACCUUCGGGAGCAAAUCUUAGCCUGCUGUCAUCCGUCAACCUGAAUUAAAGGCUACAUUGCUUUUA